GGGCCUUUUCAGCCAUUCAGCUCACAUCAUCGGGACCGGGAACAUUGAGACCCGGAGAGAAUCUCAAUCUGGUCUGUAAAGUGACAGGAGUCUCCAUCACUGACAGCCGUUAUUCUUGGGACUGGAUCCGUCAGCCUCCUGGGAAAGGUCUGGAAUGGGUUGCAUAUAUAUAUGCUGGGAGCAAAUACUACGCCCCUUCUCUCCAAAGUCGUGCCACCAUUUCUGCAGACAGCUCCACAAACCAGUUCUCCCUUCAGCUGAAUUCAGUGACAGCUGCUGACUCUGCUGUGUAUUAUUGUGCCCGAGAAGCACA